GCAGGGAGGGAAAAGGACAUACGCGUGUGCACACACACACACACACACACAGCCUCCUACACACACGCACAUGCACACUGUGCUGAGCACUAGCAAGGAGCUUGAAACCGUUUUACCACAAACUCAAACAAAGGCACUCUAACCUGCCACAAUGGAGGAGAACAUGGAUGAAUCACAAAGCCAGAAAGGUUGUAAGGAGUGCUGUGAGCGAUGUGUGGGCAGUCUGCCUUGGGCUUCCCUCAUUGCCACCAUCCUUCUCUACAUGGGCGUGGCCUUGUUCUGUGGGUGUGGCCAUGAGGCUUUAAGUGGCACCGUCACCAUCCUGCAGAACUACUUUGAAGUCAUCAGAACCCCUGGACAAACGCUGGACGUCUUCACCAUUAUUGACAUCCUGCAGUACAUCAUCUAUGGCCUUGCAGCUGGAUUCUUUGUCUUUGGAGUGCUCUUGCUGGUGGAAGCCUUUUUCACCACUGGAGCAAUUAGGGAUCUGUAUGGAGAGUUCAAGAUCACCGCUUGUGGACGCUGCUUGACUGCAUUUCUGAUGUUCCUGGCCUACGUCUUCUUCCUGGUGUGGCUGGGUGUGACAGCCUUCACCAGCCUGCCGGUCUUCAUGUACUUCAAUGUUUGGUCCAUGUGUAAGAACACCAGCUUGCUUGAGGGACCCAAAUUCUGUGUGGACCUACGCCAGUUUGGAGCUGUGACCAUAUCUGAGGAGAAGAAGCUUUGCACGGGAUCUGGGAAGUUCUUGCAGAUGUGUGAAUCCAACGAGCUGGACUUGACCUUCCACCUGUUUGUGUGUGCGCUGGCGGGAGCGGGAGCUGCUGUGAUUGCUAUGGUGCAUUUCCUGAUGGCGUUAGCUGCUAACUGGGGCUACCUGAAGGAUGCCAGUCGGAUGCAGAAAUAUGAAGAUAUCAAGUCAAAGGAGGAGCAGGAGCUGCAUGACAUCCAUUCCACACGCUCCAAAGAACGCCUCAAUGCCUACACAUAAACACGAUACACACACUUACCUGAUACACACACACACACACACACAAUGAUCCGACACAUACACUUGCAGCACACACAUCAUGCAUACAAGGAAAGCAGAAAUACACAUCAGUAACACUAAAAUGUAUGAAAGCGAAGACACUGAUGUCCUCCUUUGUCCCUUGCUGAUCUUUUGCUGAAAGUGGUCGAUGCUAAGAUGCUAAACACGACAGCUAGCCUUCAGUCAUGAUAAGACUUCAUCAAUUGUGAUUGAAUAGUAAGGGUUUUUUUGUUUUUUUUACAAAUAGAUGUCUCUAAUUUGCCAGACAUUUGUUAGUGUUUGCUAGUAUUUUGGGUAUUAUGUAGUAUUUUGAAUGUGCAACAGUCGCAAGUCUGGAAGUAAAGCUUACAGCGAACGUGUCGAAAAGAAAUCAAAAUGAAAGGACAUAAGGAAAUACCGAAAAAGCCAAAGAUCCCAACUGUCCCAACUUCGGUUGCAGGUGGUAGAUCCUUUUAAGAUCUUAGAUAGUUUUCUCAUUUUUAACUUUAAAGAGACUUUGGGAGUAUAUUUUAUUAGGAUUAUGACAACCAACCUUUAAUCCAAGAAGGUUGUAAAACUGUCGUCUUAAAUCUAAACGAACAAUAUAGUUGAACAUUGUUGGCUUUUGUGCUUCUGUUCAACACAAAUUCGCACAAUGAAACAAAAUGUCAGACGAAAAACAAAUAGUAUGAAACGAGGCAUUUUUCUCCAUAAGAAAUACUGCAAAUCCACUUAAUCCAUUCCAGACACCCAAAAAUAUAAACAAAAAAAUUACUGUAUAGAGAAUAAUUAUACUUUUACUUGAAGAAAACAAUGCAAAAUAAUUAUAAAUGACGAAUGAAAUGGACAAAUGAACAUUUAACAUCGCAUGGGAUGCUUUGUUGGGCACUCACGGAAUGAUACUGCACAGGGCAAACGGACUAGUUUGCUACGCGCAAUGUUGUACGACAACCGCGGUUGUGGAGGAAAAUUUUGCCGCUGAAAACCAAAUCGUACGAAAACCGGGGCGUUGGAAAACCGAGGUUUGGCUGCAGUAAACAAGCCAUGCCAAUAUGGAUGACAGUCGUCCCUCGUUUAUCGUGGUUAAUUGAAGUGAAUUUCUGCCAAGAAGGUUUCAAUAUUAACAAACGGAAUAUUUUUGUAGUUGGAGCAUAGAAACACUUUCUAAAUACAUUUUUUUAAACAUUUUUAGACAUUGCUCAACUGCAAUGCGCAGGCUACAGGAUCACUGCAGUGACACGAGAGACGACCGUCGCUUUAAACAUAGCGUGCUACCGAGCUAACCCAUUUAUUUAUCCUAAACUUAAGAAACUGUUUAAAAUGGAGUGGGGAAGGACAAAGUAAGAAGCCAAAAAUGUACCACUUCCACAGGAAAUGGAGUGAGAACUUUUUCCGUUGUCAUGUCAGACAUGCUGUGUGAAGGUAAUGUCAUGUCUGAGCAGUAAUUUUUGACUAGUAGUCCGUAGUUAACCACGAAAACUUAUUUAUUAAUACAUUUUUGACAAAAGGCGAUAGCUUGAGGGAGCGAUGUUCAACCGCGACGUAGCAAGGGACGACUACACACACGGAACGCACGAGUGCAAAGCGUGGCGAACUGAAGCAACAAUCAGCAGAAGACAAGGAAGACAUCAGUGGAAGUUGAUGUUUUCGUGGGGGAGGGGGGGCUGGGUGAUCUGGAGCCCCCCCCCAUCAUGCAUUCCUACGGUACACUUACAUAUAUGGAUGGGUGGUCAGUGUUGUACGGUGGUGUUAUGCUGUGCUAUGUCCUUUCACCACAUUAUGUCGAGUGCUAUUGCAGAGAAACGUGGUCCACAGGAAGUUUGUACUUCAAAUGAGUACCAAUGGGUAGCUCGGAAAACUCCUAAACCCCCCUUAUUACUUUUCCCGACUCUUUUCGGGAGCCCAAUUUCAUGAAUUGUUCUGACAGGAAGGAUGUACCACUAACAGCCAUUUAUUCUUUUCAACAAAAUGCACUUAAGCAGGUUUAACUGUUAAUUGAUGACUCAUAAAAGCUUAUAUUUCUAUAUAAACUGACCAAAUAUACCAAUGAGUUGAUACUUGACGAGUGUAAAUUUGUGCUAUUUUGUAUUUGACUCAGACUUGUUCCCCACUAAUAGCACUUAAGUUUAACAGCACCCCUACAAGCGUGAAAUUGGGCUUCUCUUCCUUCCUGUCCGCCAAUCUUUGUACAAACUUGUGGUUGGUCCUCCGAAACGGCACAUCUUAGCAGCACAAAGUUUUCAAUGUCAUGUCGGCGUCAUAAUGUCUUUUUCAGGUUUUUUCUCACUUUUGGGAAUUUUUGCCACCGUUUUUACCAGCAUUCUUCUCGUGUCGUUUUGGCAUCGGGGUACGUGCAGCGGGCAAGCGGGGUGGGGCACGGGGCUCGUUAUCACUUUCACAGUUUCAUGUGAUUCCGCACACAUACACACACACACAUGUGCGUAAACACCAAUCAUUUCCGAAGUUUGAUUCUAGGAUUUUUGCUAUUUCAGUAGUUUGUAGAUCAGGCCCCGAUGAUAACCAAAAUGUCUCUUUUGUCACGAGAUGUAUUCAAUUCCUCACUGGAAAACACGACUGGUCAUUGGUGAGGAGAGGUAACUGUGAAUGCCUGUUUUUAGUAGUUUAGUAGUUUAGUUUUUGUAUGAUUUCAGUGCAAGUUUGACUUCUGCGUUUGAAAGAUUGCAUUCUUAUCUAAGAUCUAGAUUACAAACCUGUCCCGAGGCAUGUUUAAUAUAAUAAUAUAUGAAGAUGAUGAUAAGCUGUGAGGGAAUGUGUGUCUCUAUCUGCCAGUAGAGAUGGUUGAAUGAUGAUAUUGUUCAAGACUGAUCAAUGCAGGGGUGUCCAAAUACCAGUCCAAUGCAGAUAUGCUCAAAUUAUAUUGUACGAGUGUUUAUUUUGGUUUUUAAUGAGGCCAUAUCAAUAUUUGGACACAACCCUAGUGCAGAAGUUAUCAUUUCUCGAGCAUGAACCCAGGACAGUAGUUUCACUCCACAUUGCAAACCCGAUAGUUUCACUUGUGGUUGUUAAAGUCCACUUGCAUCCAGAUUCAACAGAACAAAAAAAACGUGACUUUUUGAUGUUUUAAAAAGGCUAAUCCUGCUACUAAGAUAUACUGUACACAUGAACAGCCUGUGUCUCAGCUUUGUGACUGAGGUGACAAAAGUAUGAUUCACCUCCGCCAAGCGCAGUGCUGACAUUGUUUUUGCCGGCGUUUGUCUGUCUGCUUGUGUUCAAAAUAACUUGAAAAGUUCUGAAUGGUUUUUGGAUGAAAUGUUCAGGAAUUGUCGGAAAUGGGAUAUGGAAGCACUGAUUACAUUCUGGGGGCGAUCCAGAUCCCCGUCUGUAUCCGGUACAUUUUUUUUAAGGAUUCUUUAACAUUGCCAGAUAGGAGCAUUUUUGCCAUUUGCGCAUAUAACGCCACAAAAAACGGUCAGAGCACUUGGGGAAAGAACAGCAGGUUCUACAAAAUAAUAUAAGAGUCACAAUAUGGGGGGGAACUAUGGCGCUUGGCGGAGGUCUGUGCUCUCCGAGUGCUCCUCUAGUUAGUAUUGUUUGUGUUGUCAUUAGGUUACACCUUGAUGCUAAAUGUUUCCUCUUUUUGUUGUUAUUUUUGCGUUUUCUUGUUUUAAUUAUAUAAUAAUAAUUGAGUAAUUGAAUAUGCCGCAGGGCCGAUGGCACCACUUUGGACACCCCUGGAUUAAUGGCUUGAGAACGAGACAGCCAGCAAGACACACACACACACACACACACACACACACACACACACACAAGACCAUCAUUGCCAUCACUCUGAGCCAUAACUAUUUUACCGAUCAACAUUUCACUGUUCUAUUAACAGCUUUUAUUUCUUCAUUUAAAAAAAAAUACUGUAAUAAUAACGUGAAGUCAUUUAAAUACAAAAAUGUGUCUUUUUUUCUAGGCAGUAUUCUGCUGUUUAUUGUGUAUAAAGCUAUACAUAAAUGUGAAAGAGCUGGGAGGGAGAGUGAUUCCUGAUAGUUCAGUCUCAACAUCACGACUGCAUUUACACACACACACACACACACACACACACACACACACACACAAAGUGCUGUACACUACGAGAGGACAAAAGAACCACUGUUGACCAGAUUAAUUACACACUAGUUUGGCUGAAGUAUAUUGAAUCUAAACGCUAAUUGCAGUCAAUUUAAAACAACCGAAAUCAAAUCUUUUCAGUUGUGUGUGGUGUAAAUGCAUGUGAAUGAUGGACAAGGGAGGACUGAUGUGUUCAGGUUCAGUCAGUAUUUUUAAGGGUCUAGUUUUACAGUAACAGUAUUCUAUCAUUUCAUUGCCUGACAAUGGAUGUCUUGUCAGUGUUUUUAACCUCAGAUAAAAAAAAGAGUUGUUUUUGUGCACUUAUUGGCCAUUGUGAGCUCUCUAUCUCUUAUUCUUGGUGUGUAAGUGCAUUGACGUCCCCCCACCCCGUGGGACCUGUGUAUAGUCUUGCAACACUGGUUAUAUAACCUGAAUAACAAAGAUGAAAAUCAAUUCAUACAAAUGAAGAAAAACCUCCUUAGGUUAAAAAAAAAAAAAGACAGUGAAUCUAGUUGUUGUUUGUGGCAUGGUUAUGCAUUCAAGUGGUCAUAAUUUUAAUGAUUAAACAGUAUUUAAAAAACAACAAAAAAAACAACAUUUCCACUGGCGCUGUUCUGCUCUUUUUGUUUUGUUUUCACUCUUUAGCUCGCAGUAUUGCAGUUGCUGUUGCUAAUGGUGUUGCUAAGCUAGCUAGCCUGUUUUGUUGUCUACCACCAGAGCAAUAUAUUGUACCAUUUUGACCAAAAUAAACAUAAAUACGAAUCCUAACCUUACAUUUCUGGCAUACAAUUGCAUGAAGAAGAAGAAAAAAAAAAACCCUGCAAGUCUUACGUGAUAUGAUCCAUGGUGUUAUUUAUUGUUUGUUUUUUUUACAGAUUUGCAGCUGUGAUGUAAUGUAUUGCUCUGGACGCCCCGUUACUCAAUCAGCUCACAUCCUCCAAUCUCCGAUUCAUUUUAAGCACACUGCAAUCUAAAUGUCGAUCAUGUUUGGAAUUUCUGCAACAAGCACAACGUCAAAGCAACAAAUCUACAAGUGCCGCUAACGAAAUGAAAAUAAGCUUAGUAUAAAAAUUGAAGGUGAAGUAAAAAAAAAAAAAAAAGGUCGGGGUGUCGUGGUUCGGUAUGCACGGUUCAUUUCGGACACAGUAAGGGAAAAAACAUGCAAAACGUGGUUUUGAGAACGUUUGAAAAGUCCCGUUUUGUAUCUCUACUGAGUAAUGGCGGCACGCUACUUUUCGUCUUAUCCACUUGUCUUUGUCCCUUUGGUACGCCUCCGUACCGAACCGAAAAAAAUUAAGAUUCGGAAUACAUGUACCGCUACACCCCAAGUAGCUAUCCAUGAUGUGUGGUGCUAGCAAGACUGAAUGAUGUGAAGAAGCCACAAAGCAGUGUCAUUACUGAGGAUUAUUGAAGGAAGGAGAGGAUGUGAGCUGUUUGCUCCUCGUUUGUUUGACUUUUCCUGUUCUAUCCACACCUUCUUGUAAAAAUCGAUAUGUGUUGUAUUGACACAAAUCCUAAUUCCCGCGUCCUUUUUGUCUGUCCACUGCUGACCUGGACUCACACUACAGUAUUCCUCCAUCCUGGUUUGUGUUGUGUGUGUGAUUUCAGCAUGAAGCAAACCUUCCAAAACCUUGAAUAGAAUUCCUUAUCUUUCUGUGAGGUUUGGUGUUUGUGCAGCUCUUAAAAUGUCAGCCGUCAAUCCAGGAUGAACAAUCUGUGCCUGAAUAAAUUGAGCUCUUGUCCAUCAUGAGCUGCACGCCAGACAGAAAAACGGAUGAAGAGUCUGCUACCUGAAAGUGAACAUCUCUUAUUUACACAUACUGUACAUCAGGUGGGACAUUUUGGACGUAGGGAGAUUUAUUUAUUUUCACUUUCUCCAUCGUAGAUUUUUGUACUCCACUCUGGUUGCUUCGUAGCUUUGUUGGAUUCACUCCCCUAUUUUGUACAUAUCUGUGCCAACAGCUUGGGCAGACAGUGGCUUUUUUUUAUUUGUAAAGACAUAAACUUGCUUGCAUAUAUAAAUAAAAUGAAAUACUACACUUGUGUACUUGUUAAUAAGGGA